AUGUCAUUCACACCACUGGCCACCAGAGGGCGCCAAUGCUCGCCGUUCACAGGAAGCACUGGAGGCGUACGGCGGCUGCCAGCAGUGGGUCUCCCGCACCAACCUGACGGUCAGGAGGGACAUGCUGGAGGGGAUGGCCCGGUGCUGCGCCCAGCUGGGCCACAGGCGCAGCGCGCUGGACUUCGCCAACUCGCAGCUCUCUGCAACGCACAAACUGACCUGAAGGGGGCGACAUCCCAGUCGUCAAACUUCACUGAAGAUGAUGGUAGUGAAGCUGGUUUGGUACACGUCUCUGGCAGAGCCAUGGAUGGGAACGUACAGACCUGUUCUCACACACAAGAACAGAUGAACUCCUGGUGGAGAAUCGACCUGCUGGGCGUCUACACAAUACAUUACAUCACUAUCUUUCAAGCUACAUUUAAAUAUACGAAUAUAACCGGUGCCCAGAUUCACAUCGGGAACUCUCGGAAGGACAACGGCGCCGCCAACGCCCUGUGUAAGCGCAUCGGAAUCUUCCCGUAUGAUAAGCAUCAACGAUUCGAUUGCGAUACGGGUUUGUCAGGGCGCUACGUCACCGUGUCCUUCCCGGGAAAACACUUCCUCCCUCUGUGUGAAGUGAAGAUCUACGGCACGAUAAAAGCAUCAUCCUUUAUGUUGAUCGCGGAGAACAAGACGUGGGAAGCUGCGCUGAACUACUGCCGGGACCACGACAUGCACCUGGCUUCCAUUGUCGACGAGGAGACCCAUUCCUGGGCCGAGUUGAAGGCCGUCAACCUCUCCCUUCGUGUGGCUGGGCCUUCGAUACACCUGCACCCUCGAGUUCUGGUUCUGGGUCGAGGAUCGUCACGUAAAUUUCACUCGCUGGGAUCCGAACAAUAAGAUGGACGAUUGUGACAUGAGUGGUGCCAUGGAGAACCAAGGGAACCAUUUGUGGUCCAGCAAACCGGCCACCAGUGCAGUUAAUUUCAUAUGCACAAUGAAAUCAAGUUUUUCUCGGCGUCACUAGUGGAAAGGUGACAAGUUCUGCUCUAAUAUGCGGCACAGGUGAUGGGUUCAGGCCCAGUGCAGUGCCACUUUGCCUUGAAGCCUAAUGGCUUACAAUAAAACCAAUAUUACCUGU